AUGGUUGUUGGAUAUAGGGAUAGGGACAACCCAAUGAUAGAGGAGGCCGAAUGGAGGGAUCGUUUGGCAGGGGCCUUGAAAGAAAUGCAAUCAGAAGGAAAGGCAGAUCGGGUGUUCCACCUAAUAUCUGCUAGUAAUGGAAGCAUGGAGAGAGAGAAGGAUGAUCAACCUGUUAUCAAAGAAGAUGAAUCUACAAUAAAUUAUGAUGAUUCAGUACACAGUAAUUUGGCAAGAAAACGAUCUGGGUCGCAAAUUGGAGGUGAUUUAGGUGAAGAUGUUCCUGGAAAACGUGUCAGGACAAGAAUUGAUGAUUUGGAAGAACCUAAGAAAGAGUUGGAUGAACAUACCACUUCCAACUCUCAGGAUGAGACUCCUUCAACUUUACUAGCAUCUUCUAAAGGAGAUGUGGAUAAUGGGCCUGUCCAGCAACUUGUUGCCACAUUUGGUGCUUUGAUUGCUCAAGGUGAAAAAGCUAUCGGACAUCUUGAGAUUCUCAUCUCAAGUAUUUCCGCUGACUUGCUAGCUGAGGUGGUGAUGGCAAAUAUGCAAAACUUACCUCCAAAUUACCCUAAUACUGAAGGAAAUAUACAGCUACAAGACAUUAGUAUGAUUGGUUCUGAUGACAGGGCUAAAUAUCCACCAUCAUUUGUAGCUGCUGUUAUGUCACUUUCUAGUACUUUCCCACCAAUAGCUUCCCUUCUUGAUGCACAUCAAUCAAUGUCCAAUGAGGUUGAGAAGUCACAAGGGGAGGAAGAAAUUUCUACAACUGCUGUAAACAGUGGUGCAGUUCAUUCUGGCACGAAUCUUGUAUCUGAAAAUGUACCAUCGCCUACUGAUUUUCCAUCUUCUGAUGCUAGUAUACCUGGAGUAGAGAAUGACUGUACAACUAUGCCUCCUGACAUCCAUGAUGUUGGAAACUCAGAGAGUGGAAUUCCUGGCCUGGAUUCUUUUAGUCGUAGUGAUGCCUUGUCACAAACUUUUGCUCCUUCCUUAUUGGCUUCCACUGAAAUGUCCCUAGAAGAUGGAAGCCAAGAUCAAGAUACAAGUUUGGAUCAGAGGUCACCCCUGAACUUAGCCCCAUCAAUAUCAACUGAUAGAUCUGAGGAGCUAAGCCCAAAAGCGGCUGUUAGAGAUGUCAGUAGCUUGGUGUCAUCAACAGCUACUUCAGUUGUGUUGCCUCCCCGUUUAGUCUUGCCAAAGAUGACUGCUCCUGUUGUUGAACUUGAAGAUGAACAAAAGGAUAAUUUGCAAAAAUCAUGUUUUAUGCGUAUUAUUGAUGCAUAUAAGCAAAUAGCUGUAGCUGGUGGCUCCAAAGUUCGUUCUUCGAUUCUUGCUUAUUUAGGAGUUGAGUUUCCCUUGGAAUUAGACCCAUGGAAACUAUUACAGCAGCACAUUUUGAUUGAUUACACUAGUCAUGAGGUGCGCUCUUAUUUGAUGGACACUGCUGACAAUGAUUACCUAAUGUCUCAGGGACAUGAGUUGACAUUGCGUGUCCUCUACAGAUUAUUUGGUGAGGCUGAAGAGGAGCCUGACUUCUUUUCUUCCACAACUGCAGCUUCUGUAUAUGAAAAAUUCCUCCUUACAGUGGCAGAAGCACUUAGAGAUUCCUUUCCACCUUCAGAUAAAUCAUUAAGUAAAUUGCUUGGUGAAUCUCCGUACUUAUCAAAAUCAGUUCUGAAAAUUUUAGAAAACAUGUGUUCUCCUGGAAAUGGGGAUAGAGGUGAAAAGGAUCUACACUCACUGAAUGCGGAUAGAGUUACUCAAGGUCUAAGUGCGGUAUGGAGUUUGAUUCUUCUAAGACCUCCCAUUCGAGAUACUUGCUUACAAAUUGCUCUACAGAGUGCAGUGCAUCACAUGGAAGAAGUGCGUAUGAAGGCAAUACGUCUGGUGGCAAAUAAGCUUUAUCCUUUGUCAUCCAUUUCUCAGCAAAUAGAAGAUUUUGCUAAGGAAAUGAUUUUUUCAGUGACAAUUAAUGAUGCAUCUGAAGUAACCAAUGGUGAAGGGUCCAUUGCUGUUUCGCAAAAGGGACCGGAUGUUGAAAAGGUUCCAAACGAACAGUCAUCAUUGAGUGGCAGCACUAAAGAUGUAUCAGAUAAUCGUCAGUCAUGCACAUCUGACAGCGUCUCACCAGAUUCAGUUUCCGAGGCUCAGAGGUGCAUGUCUUUGUAUUUUGCUCUGUGUACAAAGAAACAUUCUCUCUUUCGCCAAAUAUUUGUCAUCUAUAGAAGCACAUCAAAGGCAGUGAAGCAGGCAGUCCACCGCCAAAUUCCAAUACUAGUACGUACGAUGGGCUCAUCUUUAGAUCUCCUUGAAAUUAUUUCGGAUCCCCCAAAUGGAAGCGAGAAUCUUCUAAUGCAGGUUUUGCAUACACUCACAGAUGGUACAAUCCCUUCUAAGGAUUUAAUAUGCACUGUGAAAAGGUUGCAUGACUCAAAACUCAAGGAUGCAGAGAUUCUUAUUCCGAUAUUACCUUUCCUAUCGAAUGAUGAGGUAAUACCGAUUUUUCCUCACAUUGUGAAUCUUCCUUUGGAGAAGUUCCAAACAGCACUUGGUCGCAUAUUACAGGGGUCAUCACAAUCUGGUCCGGUGCUUUCUCCAGCUGAAGUUUUAAUUGCAAUUCAUGGAAUUGAUCCUGAAAGGGAUGGAGUUCCCUUGAAAAAGAUCACAGACGCAUGCAAUGCUUGUUUUGAGCAGCGACAAACUUUUACUCAAGAAGUUCUUGCCAGAGUUUUGAAUCAGUUGGUUGAGCAGAUUCCUCCACCUUUACUAUUCAUGCGUACAGUUUUACAAGCAAUUGGUGCUUUUCCAACACUGGUGGACUUUAUCAUGGGGAUUCUAGCUCGCCUUGUGAUAAAGCAGAUAUGGAAAUACCCAAAGUUGUGGGUGGGAUUCUUGAAGUGUGUGCAGCUGACAAAACCACAGUCAUUUGGCAUUUUGCUUCAGCAGCUGCCUCCAGCACAACUAGAGAAUGCAUUAAAUAGAAUUCCAGCCUUGAAGGCACCAUUGAUUGCUCAUGCUAGCCAGCCAGAUAUACAAUCUAAACUCCCGAGGGCUAUGCUGGUUGUUCUUGGAAUUGCAUCCGAUUCUCAGGUUUCAAGUCAAGCAGCACAGGCUACUCAGACACAAAAUAGUCAGACAGAGACUACCCAGACACAAACUAGUCAGACACAGACUACUCAGACACAAACUAGUCAGACACAGACUUCUGAGACAAGCAACUCAGACAAGGACACAGUGACCGAAAAAUCCAAAGAAUCAUCUACCGCGAGCUAA